AUGCGGCAGCGCAAUAAAUUGCUUCCGUGUGCGACUCCCUUCAGCAUGGCGUCCGCCGGCACACGUGACCACAACCCGGAACUUGCCUGCUCGCUGCUCAAGCACGAGACCGGAGAAGGCAAUAAACGCGACGGCCUCCUCCUUGCCACUUCCAGAGGGCUUUCAGUCGUCUUCAGUGCGACAAAGACAGUACAAAUGAGCUCAUUUCCGCUAUCCAUGGCUUCCCGUAGCUCACCCACGGCAAGAGCUGUCACCCACAACUGCUGGCCCUCUUCCCGCAACGAGGCGACGCUUCAACAACACCCCUGCCCCAGCAGCUCCCCCGCCAGCUCUUGCAUCUCCCACUGA